AUGUACAUACGUUUACCUUAUAGAUUUUUAAUUUACCACGCAAAGCAAGUUUCCGCAUGGAUUUUCAAUUUGCCGGAUUUGCCCCACAUAGCAAGAUAACAAUUUCUAUAAUUAAACAUAUUAACAAAUAUUUUGUAUAAUAUAUCUCAUAUUUUGUGCGCAUUUCUAUCAUGACGCAUGCUCAUAUUGCUGUAUUCCGUCGAUAUGAUAGAUUCCCUAACCUCUAAGAAGAAUUUUAACGCUCAGUUAUUACUUUCUUAGUGGCGAGUGACUUUUUUUCAAAUCUUUGUUUUUACAACAAAUGCAAUCGAAUGAGUAUUUUAAUCAAAAUUAAAGAUGUAAGCGCUUAAGAGCUAAAAAAAAACCAAACGACGGAAAAUAGAGUUUAUAAGGGUGAGAGCGUGAGUUCCAAACCAAGAGCAGCCUUGAAAACAACCAAAAAAUCUGUUGAAAGAUCAAAGAAGCAAUAUGGUCAAUCUAGAUCGCUGUAGACACCAGCUACGAAUUUUGGACCUGACCUGACCUAGCUGAUGUAUGUUAUCGGAUAUUUGCGUCGUAUUACAAUUUCACACUGUUACUUCUGCAUCGACAUAAAUCAAAGCUGUCAAGACAGCUGUGAUAAUUAAUCAUAAAGCUAUCACACAUAAAGUGCGUGCCGAUUACUAUCUUUAAGAACGCAAUCGUAAAAUUAAAAUAUUAUCUCAAAUUAAAUUGAUCGUCAGUUCGAUGAUGAUGUUACACGCAUUUUAAAUACUGUGAAGAAACUUAUUGCAAAAAAUAUUACCUCAGACAGGAUUCGAACCUGAAAUCUCCCGAUCCUAUCCAGGGCGGGUGCCUUACCUAUUCAACCACUGAAGCUGUGAUGGGUGACAUUAAAUAUUAUGGAAAAAGGAGAAGUAUUAUAAGGAGGAUUGGAUCUUUUUUGCCAUUAAAACCUCCGCCGAAAAUUUAUGUUAGUGUGACACCAUUACAUUUGAUGACAAAUUCAAUGAUUAAUGAUGAAACUAGCAAUUAUGUUGAUACGAAUGGAUAUCCUAUGAGCUUUUCUGGCAGUAGGCCGGAUCUGUUGGAGCCAAUUAGUUUUGGAUCUGAAGUACGAUUGCUCGCGUUAGAACAAGAAUUACAAGAGCUUAGGGAACAAAUUUCAACAAUUGUGAAAAACAAUAAACUAUCCAAAUAUGCAUCUGUCGCGUCUCUACCUAAUGGAGCAGACGUUCUAAAGUCUUUGUCAGUGCCACCGCCACCUCCACCUCCACCGCCACUUCCAUUUUUACCACCCACAACGCCACAUAUCGCGAGAAGAGCUAGUUUGCAAGAUCACAAAAUUGAGGAUCGCAAAAAGAUUCCAUUAAGUGUGCAAAAAUCAACGGGUGAUAUGCUGAGGGAUAUCGAUAAUAUAAAAUUAAGACCAGUUGCAAGGUCUCCAGGCGGACAUCCUAUACGAGUGAAACGUGAGAAUAGUCCAUGCAAUGAUUUGCAGGAAAUUUUGCGAAGACGCUACAUUGCAAUGCAAUCUCCCGAUAGUAGGAAUUCAUCAGCUAACUUAGCUAUGGAUGAUUCAUUUUGAACGAAUUAAAAACAAAUUGUCCAUAGUCAAGUAUAUGAAAAUACUUUCCGAGUAUUUUUAUUAUAUUAUAUUUAUACGAAAUUUAGGACUUUUACAAUAAGCAAGCAUGAUCUGUCAUAUGUUUGACUUAUCACAGAUGUUAUAUUUGAAUUUUUUGCACUUUGCAUAAGUUGAAGUCUAUAACAAGAGAUUUAAACCAAAGAUAACUUUGCUGCAUUAUUGUGACAUUAUUCAGGUAAAAAAUUUCUUUUCUAAUGAAAAAAUUACGAUCUAAAUUUUUUCAGUAAGUGUGAAAAAAGCCAUUUUAGUUUGCAUUUAUAAUUAAAGUGAUUAUUCUAAUAUUGUAGAUAAGAAUUGUUGAUAUUAAAGUCUCAAGUCAAUGAUUUUUCUUAAAAGAUCUACCUAGAAAAACUUUCGUCCGAAAUAAAUAUUUUUUGAUGAUAGUUUGUGACAAAAUGGAAUAUAUAGUUUCUGUUAUUGUUUAUAGAUUACCGAUAUAAAUGAGAAAUAUUUGAACUAUUAAGGCUCCUAACUAGUUACCGCGGCUAUAUUGGAAUCGUGACGUCAUAAGCGAGAAAUGAUACGUAAAAGUUGCAUGCCAUUUUUAAACAAAGAAAAUUUGAAUGAGAUAAAAAAAUAACAUCGCUUUAAAAAAUUUAUAAAAAUGGAUGGAAACUAUCGUUUUUCCCUCUGACAAUUAGUAAAUAGUUGUAAAAGACAUGUGAAAUGAAGCCUAUGUAGGCUUAUAUUUAGGCAAGAAAACACGAUUUGACAGCUGUUGAAAGGAGUGAAAAAUACGAGGGGUGAUUAAAGAGUACGAUGAAUGUUGAAAUAAAAAGAAACUUAUUACAUUAAAAGACAAAUGACAAUGAUUAGUUGACCUUUUAAAAUACUUCCCCUCAUUUCUAAUACACUUAUCCUAAUCGUUCUUGCUAUUUGCUAAAGCAGUACUGGAAGUCCUCUUUUAUAAAUGCCUUUAGUUGCGCUAUCGUGGUUGCCUCGAUGUCUUGAUUUGAUUUAAAACGUUAAUCCUUUAUAGUCAUUUUAAUUUUAGGGAAAAGUUGCACGGUGCUAAAUCCGGUAAAUACGAUGGAUCAGGACACACCAUAAUGUUUUUAUUUAAUAGAAAUUGCCAUAUCAGAAGCGAUGUGUGAUGGAGCGUUGUCAUGAUGGAGGAUGAAAUCGUUCGUCCAUUUCUCAGGUCUUUCUACGCACAUUUUUCGUUUCUUAAACGAUCUAAUAAGCCUUUAUAAUAUUCAGAGUUCACUAUAAACGUUUUUAAUCAAUUCGACACAUCAAUGCAGUGCACCACGACAGCGCAAUUAAAGAUACUUAUAAAAGAGGACUUCCAGUACUGCUUUAGCAAGUGACAAGAACGAUCAGAUAAGUAUAUUAGAAGCGAGAGGGAGUAUUUUGAAGGAGACAAAUUAUAAUUUGUCUUUUAAUGUAAUAGAUUUCUUUUUAUUUCAACAUUCAUCGUAUUUUUUAUCAUACCUCAUAUGCUUUUAUAUAUAAAAUUCAGAGAUAAUUACUUUCCAUCCAUUACGAGUAAUAAAUGUUUUACGAAUUUGAUAAGUACGAGACAAACACAUUUUCACAAUUAAGCACAUAAUUACGAAAUGGCAUGCAAGACAAAGUUUCAGUGUCAACACUUUUCACAGUAAGGUCUGUUCUAUAUGUUGUAUUCUAUACAUUGGUAUUUUAAACAGUAAGAAUUGAUCACAGUCGAGUAUUCUUUUCUCAUUCGACUGUGAUUGAUCAAUUCUUACUGCUUGCGAUACGAUAUAUUGUAGAAUUCUUACGGCUUACGAUUUAUUAUACCGACAUAUGAACGGGUAUUGUAGAACGGAUCUUAAUACAAUGAACAAGGUUUUAAUUGCUACUAAGAUAGUGUCGCCACCGUUAACGCGGAGUUCUUGGCUGAAUAGUCAGGAGCUUUAAUUGAGCGUAAAUAAAAAAUAGAAAUUUUUAUUCAAUUAACAAAUAUUAAUAUUGUAAUCAUUUAUAAUUUUAUUUAAUUAACAGUUUUAAUACAUGUUACGAGUAAUAAAUAUUACGAGUUUCAGUAGUAUGAAUGUAUUGUAUGUUUGGCGUAUAAAUGAAAUUUUAUUUUAGACAAUA